AGAAAGACUGAAGUGCAACUUUGAUUUGGAAGAAGUGACAAAUAUUCUUGAUGGUGGUAAAGAAAAAACUAUAAUUAGACGUAACAUUGAGGAUAUAACGUUCAAUAGUGGAGCGUGGAAAGACGAGAUUCCUGACGAAUGUUUGGGCCCAAAGGAACGCUACGAAAAUGCAAUCAGGAAAUCUUGUUUAUAUGCGAAAAUUAUAAAAGAACAAAUAUUACAGCUAUCCGAUGGAUUGGAAAAUUUCGCAAAUGCAAACUUUAUGCGCCAUGCAUCAGAUGCAUUUUUCAAAGAGGUAUCUCCGUUCUUACUACACUUGGGAAUGUUUGUACCAAGCAUCAUCGGUCAGUGUACACCGGAACAGCAGGCAAAAUGGUUACAUAGAGCUUUGGAUAUGCAGAUUAUUGGAACUUAUGCUCAGACUGAACUUGGCCACGGCACAUUCAUUAGAGGUUUGGAAACCACUGCUACUUACGAUCCCGAAACUGAAGAGUUUGUUUUGCACAGUCCCACAUUAAGUUCCUAUAAAUGGUGGGCAGGAGGCUUGGGCCAUACCUGCAACUAUUGCAUCUUAGUUGCACAGCUGUAUACCAAAGGAAAAUGCUAUGGAAUUCAUCCAUUUAUUGUUCAAAUUCGUGAUGAGGAGACUCACAUGCCUCUUCCCGGGAUCAAAGUGGGAGAUAUUGGCCCACGAAUGGGUUUUAGUACUGCUAAUAAUGGCUUUCUCGGUGUUGAUAAACAUCGAAUUCCGAGGGAAAAUAUGAUGAUGAAGAAUGCUCAAGUUUUGAAGGAUGGUACUUAUGUCAAGGUAUCAAGACAUGAGAAAUUAACUUACGGAACAAUGGUAUUCGUUCGAGUGAUCUUAGUGCACGAAGUGGCUUUUAAUUUGGCCAAAGCUGUCACCAUCGCGACACGGUAUUCGGCAGUGAGGAGGCAGUCUCAACUUAAACCAGGUUUCCCAGAGCCUCAAGUCCUGGACUAUAUAACACAACAGCACAAGUUGUUUAUCGUCAUCGCGACAUCUCACGCCCUGCAUCUGACCAGCAUAUGGCUGUGGACAACAUUCACUAGAGUUAUCGCUGACAUGCGUCAGGGUAACACCGAUGCUUUGCCAGAGCUUCAUGCACUAUCUAGUUGCCUCAAGGCAUUAAGCACCUCCGUUGGUGCUGACUUCAUCGAGCAAUGUCGUCUUGCUUGUGGGGGGCAUGGAUACAUGCUAUCUUCUAAUCUUCCUUUUAUUUACUCCUUUGUAACGGCUACUAGGACUUACGAGGGAGAUUAUACCGUAUUGCUGCUACAAACCGCUAGAUUUUUAGUAAAAUCAUUCGAGAAAGCUGAGGCGGGAAAACCGUUAACACCAACAGUAUCGUACUUGGAAACUGCUUCCAAAGGUGGUAAAGCUACUUGGAACAAUUCUUUGGAAGGAAUGAUCCUGUCCUUUGAGCGAGUUGCAGCAGGGAGUAUAGCUACUUGUAUAAAUAGUAUUAGAAAGAAGAUGGAAACUGGUAUGAGCUGUGAAGAUGCGUGGCAACAGACGGCAGUUUCACUUGUGGUCGCAGCUGAGGCCCAUUGUCGAGCAGUACUUUGCAGAGUGUAUUGGAGUGAGAUAACUCGAAUGACUGCCUCAUCUAGUCCUAAUGUCAAAACAGUGAUGCUUCAGCUAGUAUCUCUUUAUUUGACAUAUUGGGCGUUAAAGAGCACAGGAGAUUUAUUGAGGUACUCGACAAUAAGCGAAGAAGACAUAAUAAAUUUGCAACACAGGUAUGAAGAACUCUUGGGGUUGUUAAGACCCAAUGCUGUCGGUCUGGUUGACGCUUUUGACAUCAGAGACGAGCUUCUCCAAUCAACCCUGGGUUCGUGGGACGGACGUGUGUAUGAACGUCUGAUGGAGGAGGCUCUGAAGAGCCCGCUCAACACGCAGCCAGUCCACGACUCCUUCCACAAAUACCUUAAGCCUCUUAUGCAGGGCAAGCUGUAAAUAAUCCCGAUGGUAGUUGCAAUUAGUACAUUGUUGC